GUAAUGCAUCUCUUUCACUUGAAAUCUGGGGGCCGUCUUAAGAGUCAAGCCGCACCACCGACUCUAGAGAAAGCUCGUCGCCCAUGGACCCGAACCGGCCGCCCGAUAUGCUACCGACAAACCACCGUUUCGGCGGCAGCCAGAUCCAACAAAACCCUAGGAGCUCCGGGCACCGGAGGGCCCAAUCCGAGACCUUCUACCGCUUCCCUGAAGAAUUCCUGUUCGACUCGGACCCGGAUUUCAACCUCGCUGACAUCGAGUUCCCCUCACUUUCCGAUGACAACAUCUCCGGCAGUAGUUCCACCGCCGCUCCUGCGAUUUCUACUGAGUCCGGCGGAAAAUUGGAGCAUUCGAAGGCGCAAACAGCGUCGAGGACCGCCGGAGGUGGAGCUCACUUGAGGAGCUUAUCGGUCGAUGCGGCGUUCUUCGAGGGGAUGGGGUUCCAAGGAGCUGGCGUUCCUGGUGGUGCGACCGUGGAGAAGAAACCGCAGCAUCGGCACAGCAGUUCUAUGGAUGGGGCUUCGUCUUCGUUCGAAGGAGAGUCUCCGCCGUCGCAGUCGGAUUACGCGAAGAAGGCGAUAGCGGCGGAUAAGCUUGCGGAGCUGGCUUUGAUCGAUCCGAAGAGAGCCAAAAGAAUUCUUGCAAACAGACAAUCUGCUGCAAGAUUCCAUUCUUAUAUGUUUACUAGUGAGCUUGAGCGCAAGGUGCAAACGCUUCAGACAGAGGCAACUACCCUCUCAGCACAGCUUACUCUGCUGCAGAGGGACACGACUGGUUUAACUACUGAGAAUAGGGAACUGAAGUUGAGGUUGCAGUCUAUGGAACAGCAGGCUCAUCUCCGGGAUGCUCUGAACGAGGCAUUAAGGGAGGAAGUUCAGCGGCUCAAGAUAGCAACUGGGCAGAUCUCAAACGUUAAUGGGAACCCGUUCAACAGAGGAUUUCAGCAAUCUGCUGCACCUUUCUUCCCUCACCAACAACACCUUCCAAACCAACCUAAUCAUCAGCCUCAACAGCUGCUUUCUGCUCCCGUUACCAACAAUCGAGCUCAUCAUCACAACUCGCCUCAGCUACAGACACCAUCGAACGGACUAUCUUUCGGCGACCGGAGCACCCAUGAUUCUAUGGACAUAAUGUAAUAAUGAUGAAUCAAAUGUUGAAGAAUUUCCUCCUUUUUACGAAUUAGCUCAAGUUGUAUUACAUGUGAAAUGCAAAUCAGAUUGUCUUUUGGUGGCUAGGGAAAUGAGGUUAUUUGUAUAAUUUUGUUAUAGUUUUAAGAUUGUAUUUUGUAUGACAUCAUGCAGUUGUUCGUAAUAAUUGUAUUAUUUA